UACUGGGACUCCUGUUCUCUAUACUCCAUGACGACAACCUGUAUUUUAAGAUGUUUGAGGUUAAGUAACUAGAAAAAUAGAGAGCACUUAAAACGUAUAAAGUUGAGACCGGUCUAUUUUGUAGAUAUAUAUGAAAAUGAAAAUUUUUCGAAAUCGAAUGAGUUUAUAUUCACUGUUACAAUUGAUUCUCAUUACACUUUAUUGCAAAGCUGCAUCAUGUCAAGAUAUAUCCGAAAACACUUGCCUACAGAUGCCUAAUAACUGCUGCCAAGUUGAAGGAUGAAUUUAUUGUGUUCAUUUCAUAAACACUUCCUUACACAGACAUAGUCUAUAAAAUAGAUCAAAUAUAUUACAUGUCAAUUUAUUAACAAAACAACACCAAGAAUCACGUUUUCAAAUAUUCUAUAAAUUGGUUAUGAUAAUUUGAAAAUUAAAUAAAGUUUUUUAAACAAAUAAUGCAAAAAGAUCAAAUCAAAAUCUUAUAGAUCCGCACUCUUUUUAUUACAACAGACAUCGAAAAGAAAUGCAGAAACCUAUAAAUGAUGGAAAAAAAAUUUCUACUGAAAUGUUUAGCACUAGUUCUAGUAUUAGAACAUUAAAAGAAACCAUAGAAUCUUCAAAUUGCAAUUGUGAUAAAAAAUUAAAAGAAUGUAAAGAUGAAAUGUCAAAUGCUUUAGCAUUCGAGAUGUUUUCGAAAAGGCUAGUGAAUAUGUUGUUGUCACAUAUUACUUUUAAGGAAGAAGACGAGAUUUUUAGUGGAAAAAUUUACCUGGAAGCUACAAGUUCACAAAUGCAAGUUCUUCGUGAUUUUGGGAAUGUAAAAGUUUCAAUAAGAUCCGUUGAUUCUAUACUUAGUGAUAUAAUAAGGAAACCAAGUACUUCUUUUUUUGAAGAUGCAAUUUCUUAUUCAGACUUAUUCUUGUCAAUUAUUCAGAGAAAUAAAUCUACCUGUGUAGGAAUAUUGAUAGUAAUGUUCAUAUUAUUUGUAAGUAGAUACAUAAGAUGGACAAGAGGAGCGAUUAUUCUUCUUGUCAUAGAUUUAAUUAUUGUCAUCAGCUUUUUUAUGACUUGGUAUCAACUCGUUAAGGAAGUUGAAAUAAAACAAACAGCUAAGCAAAUGAUGUUCUCUAAAAUGCCCAUUGAAUGUCAACCAGAAAAAAUGAACAUGAUGCAAUACAUUAUGUCAAAAGUUUCUUUCCAAGGAAGUACAGAACAAUGUGAAAAAUAUGUUGAAGCAAUGAUAGUGGAUCCUUUCGUGCAAGUGACACCUGUAAUGGCAUUAUCUCAUAUGUGCACUAAUUUUAUUCUGCAUCCUCUAUCUGUAGCUGGACACGUAAUUAGCAACUUUGUCGACAAUGCAACAGAAAAACUUGCGUGGCCAAUGAGAUGGACUGUGACUCUAUUACUCUUCAUAGGUGUGGCUUUACUAAUAAUAGUCCUACCAUUUUCUUUAUUUGGAGGAUCUUUAGGAUUUGGUAUUGGGCCGCUUUUUCAUUUUACUUUAGGCCGACAAAAAGAGAAAAUACCAGUUUGCGAUGUUAAAUCGCCUGAGAGAAUUGAGUUAAUUCGAGAGGUACCAACGAAUAUCGCUAUUCAAAGAACAGAAUCUGUUAAUAUGAAAAAGGCAGACAAUAAAGUUGUUAAACAACUUUUGGAGAAGAAGGAUGAACAGAUCCUACAUUUAAAUAAUAUUUUGCAGGAAUCUCUUAAGGAAAGGGGAGACUCGGAUGAUAUUGACAGAUGCAAUGAAGAAAUUGUCAAAUUAGAAUUAAGUGAUGAGAAAGAGCGUAAAGCAAUAAUACUUAAGGAAGAAGGAAGCGGAGAUAGAUGAUCUUAAGAUAUAGUAUUUAAAUGAGAAGACUGCUAACUAGAAAUUAUAAAAAAUGUAUUUCUAUUUAUUUCUAUUUUAAAAAAUUAAUUUUUUCUUUUUUUAAUUCUUUAAUAAAAUACACUUCUUGCUUCUUAUUAAAAGUUAAAUAUUAUUCAAAA